ACACACACAUUUGAAUUCUCUCUGAACUCACUUAAUCUGAUACACACAGACACAAAAACACACACAAUUUCCGUUUCCUGGCAAUUCUGCACUUUGCCCAACCAAGCGCUCCAGCCUUUUAAUCUGCACAUUUAUCAUGGCCCUUUAAUCCUGUCGGCCAUGAUGAUGAUGAUGAUGAUGAUGAUAAUGACAGAAGAGGAUGAUGCUCGACCACAGAGACAUUUUGUUCUGUUUGUGUGUCAUUUCUAAGGAGAUCAGAAGACUAGGAAGUUUAAGUGGAAUUCUUUGUUGGAUUAAUUCCCAUCUUUUUGUUUAGUUUGACAAACUUUACAUCUCAAAACAGGGAAUAUAGACAAUUUUGUCAUUGGAAACCGUGAGUCUUGCAAAAAGGGGCGGAAAACUGGAAGAGUUGGAAGCUGAUAAUGUUUUGUUUCAAAAAGCAUGUUUUCAAGCCAGUUUGUGUCAGGAAGUUAACGGGAAGUAGACACGAGAGGAAGCUUUAUCUUGCUGCUGGGAAAGAAUGCGAGGAGCCAUGAUGGUGAAGUGUUUGGACCCAGAGGUGGGGAUCAGCUCUGGUGGCCAGAGGAGCUUCUUUGGUUUCUCUUUGCCAGAUCUGCUCAGGUCCUCAAAGAAGCCUCGCAUCUCACUGAGCCUCAGCAUGACCGAUGAAGUCAACAUCAGGGAGGUGCACAUGUCCCAGCCACACGCGGAGGAAGAAACUUCUUCUUCUGCAGAAGAGAGCCCAGCCCUGUGUGAGCUUCUGCACAGCCGCAUGCACCACAGCAGCCCACUCGUGAGAGCAGUGCUGUGUGCGCAGGUGUGUAAGGUGUACCGCUUUCAGACGGAGGACGACAGGUGGCUGCUGGUCCAGGAGCAAAUGUCCGAGACGCUGUUGUCCUUCUCUUUACCCAAACAGCUACUGAGGAUGCUCAUGAGCCAGUUCACUAACAUUCGGCACGAAGUGGAGAAGCUUAGCGACCUUUCACCCCACUGGGAUGGCCUCCGAUGUGAUGUCAUCAACCACUGCAGCUACCUGAUUGGCUCCUACGAAGAGGCGCUUGAAAAGCUGCACACACUUUCAGCAUUGUCCUGCUUCAAGUCAAGUGGCUCCAAGUGGGACAAGCACCUUCAGUUUGUCCCCACGAACCUGCACGCUCAGCGGAUGGAAGUCACCUGUCAGGACAGCACAGGUGUGUGGUACCAUGUGAUCACCUUUGGUGCUCCGGCCGACCACUACCAGGCCUUCAAACAUGGCGGUCUCAGGAGGGUGCUGGCCAAGCACGCUGACCACAUGCACAGCUACGUGUGCUACUCCCAGGAGGAGAGCUCCAGGGCCCAGGCGGUGUUGGCUAGCGUGGCUCAGCUGCAGCCGCUCCUCUUCGGCCUCGCUGAGGAGCUGCUGUCCGUCUCCCUGGAGCACAGCGCUCCCCGGCUGCAGCGGGCUGCAGACGACCUAGCCCGACAGACGGAGAAGUUUGUUCACGCUCUUAAAGACGAGCUCGUGAGAAGCUCGUUGGGUGACAUUCAACACAAACGCUGUCAAGACAAAGACGGCGGCCUCCAUGACGCUUCACCUGACGACCAGCAACAUGACGAGGAGUGGGACAGAGUGUGGGCAAACGUCACGAACAGCCUGAGCUGCAUCAUCGUCAUGGUGGACCGACUCCAUGGGCAGCAGGACGGCAAUCCAAACGACUGUGGUGUGUUUACUAACAACUCUGUAUGUGCACUUUUAUACACUUAUGACCUUGUCCGCCCCCCAGGCUGUUGGCAGGAGCAGCUGCUCCCUCUGGUGAUCACUCUCAGGGAUUGCGUGCGUGAGGCGGUCCAGAGGGCUCAGGCUGCCAUGACCUUUGUGGUCCUGCAGGCGGCGGCCUCCGCUACCGUUGUGCACGGCACCGCCAAUCUUACUCUAAGACGACACGCCGUCUUCAGCCAGGCGCUCUCAGCGACCACAUGCGGCUUCCUGUUGAGGCUCUACGACGGUCUGGGGGAUUCAAAGUUCCUGCAGCAGCUUCAUGCGGUCGGAAUCCUGGUUCAGUUUGAAGGCCUGCUCAGCACUUAUGGUGAUGAAGUGGGGAUGCUGGAGGAUAUGAUGGUGGGGGUGGCUGACCUGGGGGGAGUCACAUUUUCCCUAACUGAAGCAAAAACGGAACAACCCGAAGACCUUCAGCCGACCCUCAGAGGAACAUUGGGCUCCAUUGUUGUCAAGGUCCCACUGCCUACGUCAGCCUUCAUGACACUGCCCGGUGAGCUGAGAGCAGGAUGUUUGAUUCCCAUUCACCCUGUUCUCUUCAACAUUGGCAUCAACCAGCAGCAGACUGUGGCUGAGAGGUUUGGCAACAACUCCCUGCAGGAAAGGCUGAAUCAGCAGAGCUGCGAGCAACUGAAAGUUUACUGUAACACGCUGAGAGAUCACCUGCCCGACGCCGCUGGUGUGCAAUCUCUGUGGGACCUGUUAGCAUCUUUGAGUCAAAGCGUGGAAGCUCAGAGGAGGAAGAAUGUGGAGGUGCUUUGGUUGGCUGCCUCGGUCUGUCGUCAAGUGAGCGGGGUGCGUCUAACCAGCUGUAAGAGCGCCAAGGACCGAACGGCAAUGUCAGUGACACUGGAGCAGUGCAUGCUGCUCAGGGACAAACAUGCUCUCAGCCAACAUCACUUUUGUGCUGCGCUGGACCAAAUGAGGAGGUGUCAUCUGUCCUGGGGGCAGAUGUUGGGCUGUUAUGCCAAAUCGGGUCUAACACUGUUUGGGUUAGAGUCUGGGGAGAAGCCCUCGGACCAACAGAAGUCCAACUUCCCGCGGUGUUUUGCCCCAAAAGGCACGAGACCACACUUGUAUCCUGUGGCUUUCCUGUUGGUGACUUCUCACCUCCUGGUUCUCUGGCUCAUUCUUAGCCUGCUUGUGCUAGUGGCCAAGUACGAGUAGAGCCACACAGGCUGUGAAGGACAAAAAAAAAGCACAACAAUCUAUGAUCAGCCCUAAUAAACAGUUGAUGAUGAACCGUAAAAAGGAGCUGAAUGUU